AAUGAACCGAAUAACUUCCGGCUUCUAAACCGCUCAGGCAGCGGAAAUCAUUAAACUCAGCGGAACUAAUCCGCGCAGUAUUCCACUCAAUUCUAUUUCUUUUAACGACAUUCAACGCGUUUUACAUAAAAACUUUUUGGUGGGAAACGGUGUGUAAUCCAUCUGCAAUAUCCUGAUUAUGGUGUAAGCGGGACAGUUUAGUGACUCUGACAGCGGCAGGUGUGUGAGCGUGUGUAUGUUGGUCUGCUGGUAUGCUGACGUUAGCCAGUAAGCUGAAGAGGGAGGAGGGCGUGAGGGCCGGCCGGACCCCUGCAGGCUCCAACGAUGCCUCUCAUAGAGUGUCCAUCAGAGAUCGACUGCUCAUCAAAGAAGUUGCAGAACUUGAGGCCAACCUGCCAAGUACCUGUAAAGUUACAUUUCCUGAUGAAAACAAACUCCAUCACUUCCAGUUGACCAUUUCUCCAGAUGAAGGCUAUUACCUUGGUGGAAAGUUUCAGUUUGAGAUUGAAGUUCCUGAAGCCUAUAAUAUGGUGCCUCCUAAAGUCAAGUGCUUGACUAGAAUAUGGCACCCAAACAUUGCAGAAACCGGUGAGAUCUGCCUGAGUUUAUUGCGAGAGCAUUCUAUUGAUGGUACUGGAUGGGCACCGACUCGCACACUAAAGGAUGUAGUAUGGGGACUGAAUUCACUCUUCACUGAUCUUCUUAACUUUGAUGACCCACUGAACAUAGAUGCAGCAGAGCAUCAUUUACGGGACAAGGAGGAUUUCAGGAACAAAGUUCAGGACUUCAUCAAAAACUAUGCAAGAUGAUGUCUCUGUUUGCCACGCGAGCCACUCUCACAUGCAUGUGACUUUGCAGAUGUACGUCGAUCCAGACUGCAACAGAGACAAAAUCUCAAACUAUUAAAACAUACUUGGGGAAAGAAGAAAGUUAAAAUGUGUAAAGAAUGAAUCCGCAAGUCCCUGACCAAGAUUUGGGAGGGGGGACGUGGGCCUUACUGUCCAUUUCUGUGGGAUUUUUUUAUUUUGAAGUGGACACUCUCGCUGGUUCUUCUCAGUCAAGUUUGCUUUUACCCCCCCCCCCACAAAAAAAGAAAAGAAAAAAGAAGUACAAAGAUGGUGAUCAUGAAAACGAGGACGUGUAACCUCUCUGAUGUCACCUCCUAUGCUAGUGCCUCUGUGUUUUUGCCACAUAUAACUGGACAUACGUAAGCCAAACUUCUGCAGCCUGCUUCUCAAAACUUGACAACCUACAAACACUGAGAUUAAUUUGUUCAUAAGUGAUGUCAUAGAAAUCCCAAAGUUCCAUUGGUUCAUUCUCUCUGGGGGAGGAGUCCACCAAUGAGGAAAUGCGCAAAAACAUAUAGCACUGAUGUCCCGGAGAAUACGCCGGUGGAUUUCCGAGCGGAUUCUGUAAAGCCAUUUCUUGUAACUCGGCACCUCCCCUCGUGUAAAAUCACGGCAGUUAUCAGACCACUCCGUAUCAUGUGUAAAAAUAUCAGAAUAUCUGCGGGUGCCUCAGUUCAAAUCUGUGAGAUGUUUGUGGGUGAAUCUCACGAAUGUCCAGCUCACAUUUUACACUUAAAAUCAAAGGGGAAAAACAAGAAAUUCUAUUUUGCAUAAAAUUAAGUUUUUUUUUUUUUUUUUUUUUUGUGACAUUUUUUACGAAGAAUUAUGUAUGUUUUCCUUCAUUUUUUUCCAUUGGGGCAAUUUAAUGGCGAAAAUCAUGCAUAAUUGUCAUCAAAUAAUAUAAAAAUGCAAAAUAUUACUUCUUAUUGCUUUUGAUUUUGUGGUGAAAUAUGACCCGGAUGUGUUCUGGAUGUGUUGGUGAGAUUCAGCCUUGCUCUCGUAUGCAUUUUUGUCAGUGUAUACACGUUCAGCUUUACCGAUGUGUGCAUGUACACGAGAAUACCUGUAUGCUAGUACUGUGUUUGUGUGAAAGUGAGAGUGUGUGUUUGAGAGAGAGAGAGAGACUGGGAUUUUAAUACAUGUCUGAUUUGGUAGCAUGCACUGGGCUACUGAACUGCUCAGCCAUAAAGCCUGUUCACUUAGUGAGGAUUUACUUUAUUUAAUUUGACUUUUGUUUUUCUCUUCAGAGGUGUAUAUCCAUUUGUAAAGUAUAUUAAAGAGGAAUUCUACCACUAAGGAAAGAA